GUUAAUUUAGAAAAUAUAUAAUUUUUUUAUAUAAAAAUGGUUAAAAUACUAAGGACUGAUGCACAAACUGCUUUUAAGUUUUUAAUGUUAACAUUACUUCUGACCUUAAGGCCACAAGUCAGGGCAGACAUUUUUAAUUUGGAAAACUUUGGUCAAACGUUAUUUAUUCAACUAACGGAGUCACAUCAGCAAGAAAAUCAAUUACUAGCACCCUUACCUAUAGCAGGACUUUUAAUUUUAUUGCGCAAUAGUGCUGAACCUUAUGCUGCAUACGAAAUCGGUGAAUAUUUAGAAGUGAUAGCAAAAGAUGCGGAUGAAAUUACAAGCGACUUUUUGCAACGAAUAGAUAAAUUCAAUAGCAAACAAUUUUUCGUAAUGAAAAGUAUUAUUUUAAUACAGGCGGAACCUAAUGAACAGCAGGAAAUUUAUCUGGAUCGUGGUACUGUUGUUAAAGAUAGAUAUAAGGUUAAUAUCUGUCGAGACGCGGCAAUAUUUCGAAGAGGACAUCAGGAAAUACCAGAAUUAGUGUUGACUACAGAAAUUCAAUUUAAAGGAAUAUUUCAUUAUGCAUUCUUAAGCACAGAAAAAAAACCUUUUCUUACCAGUGAUUCGACAAUGAUUGAAAAGGAAAUGUUAACUCUUCAGGCAAACUUACGAUUUGCAGAUAUUCUCGAAUUAAGUCUUAAAGCUUUUGAAAUUCCCUAUAGUAAUGAUAAGGAUUCUUUAGUGAUUUUAUCACCUAACUCUCAACAAGGUCUAGAAUAUCUGGAAGCGAUUUUAAAGGAGUUUCCUCUUAGUGGUAUUGAGCCAUAUUUGCAACCGCGCUAUAUAAAAUUGCAAUUUCCAAAAGGAGAAAUUGUUGUAGAAAAAUCCUUAAAAGAGGGUCUACAAUUUUUGGGCAUUAAUGGCAUAUUUGAAAAUCUUUGUGGUAUGGAGUCUGAUAUACGUGUUUCGGAUAUCAUUUUUAAAGGUUCAUUUGCGAUUGAAGAAAAUAAUGUUGGAAUUAGUUCACAAGAUGAUAUGGGCUCACCCGAAGAAUUUGUAAUAGAUCAUCCUUUCAUAUUUAUGGUAAAAGGAUCCGCAAGUGAGCCUUAUUUAAUUGGUAAAUUUGCCAAAUAAAGUUGUAAAUAAAUAUAAAUGCAAAAAAUA